AGUCAAUGGGGCCAAUUUUUGGAGAGUUUAAACAUUUCAUAGAAAUGUGAAACUUAUAAUUUUAUAAAAGCACUUACAUUAAUUCUUCUGUUAAAACUUGUGUAUUAUUUGAGCUGUGAAGUUGUUUAAAAUGUCGUUUUUAUGAUCGUUUUAGUGUUUACGGCGGUACCUUGUCUUGGAACAAAGUUGUAAAAUUGGCGAUAACUUUACACAGAAAAGGUUAGUAAGUGGUUUUAUCACACUAAAAUCAUGUUAACACACAUAAUGUGUACAUCUUGUGGCUAUACAUUUGAAACAGUGAGUAUUUUAACGUUUACGGAUUGGCCCCAUUGACUUCCAUUGUAAUUGCAUUACUGUAACCCAGAUUUUUGCUUUAUUUUUUUUUUUUUAAUAAAAUGAGGGAUGAAUCAAAAUGAAUUUUUAUGGUUAUCGAGAUUUUCUCGACACGCGGAUAGUCAGUCCUAGUCUGUGCGGAUCGUCGUCGCGAGCGCCUGCCGUUGACUGUACUAAAAGAUUUUCACAAAGCAGUUAUAGCAUGCAUGCGUCAAACGUGUUUGUAGUCACUUGUGGUCAGUAUAUUUUGAAAGGCAACCCGGUCGAUCUGGCACGAUCCGAUUUGGAAUGCACAAAAACUUAGUAUACCCGGGCCUUCACGUGAACACAAAAGGAGAAACUCUGAAGACUGUACUGGUCUCUCAAUUCAGUUCAAUUACAAUGAAUAAAGGCUUUCAAGCUUGAAAACAGAUGCAAAAACACAAUAAAAGUGUCCUUAAAGGGGUCCUUAGGACUCGAGCACUAUAUUUGAAUUCUUCUGGAGCCAUACAAUAGCUUUGCGUGUGGAACAGACUGAAAUUUAAGACAUUAUUCACUGAAAAUCUUGACAUCCGCCUUCAUCAUAAAGAUUUGGAACGCCAUGAGGGUCUUGGUGUCAAGUGAAUGAGAAAGUUGAAGCUGUUUUUUCUCAACAGAACAGGCUUUGAUCACAAAGCCCUGAGAUGGAGAAGAUGACUAAGGUCAGCACCAUCAGUGGUCGCACCAUGUUUUGCCACCUGGAUGCACCGGCCAAUGCCAUAAGCGUGUGUCGGGAUGCUACACAGGUUGUGAUUGCCGGGCGAAACAUUUUCAAGAUAUACGGUCUGGAGGAAGAAGGUUUCGUGGAGCGUCUGAACCUGCGUGUGGGCCGGAAACCUUCACUGAACUUCAGCUGUGCGGACGUCAUGUGGCAUCAAAUGGAGGAGAAUUUGCUCGCCACUGCAGCCACCAAUGGAGCCGUGGUCACGUGGAACCUGGCGCGACCCUGCCGCAAUAAGCAGGAGCAGCUGUUUACAGAACACAAGCGCACAGUAAAUAAGGUCUGUUUUCAUCCCACUGAGGUGCACAUGCUGCUGUCUGGAUCUCAGGAUGGAUUCAUGAAGUGUUUUGACCUGCGAAAGAAAGAGAGUGUCAGCACAUUUUCAGGUCAGUCAGAGAGUGUACGGGAUGUGCAGUUCAGUAUGAAGGAUUAUUUCACAUUUGCGGCCUCGUUCGAGAAUGGAAACGUGCAGCUGUGGGACAUCCGCAGACCCGACCGUUACGAGAGAAUGUUUACUGCACACACAGGGCCGGUCUUCUGCUGUGACUGGCACCCUGAGGACAGGGGAUGGCUUGCAACAGGUGGGCGGGACAAGAUGGUAAAAGUCUGGGACAUGUCGACCAAUCGGGUGAAGGAAAUCUACUGCGUUCAGACCAUUGCAUCGGUGGCCAGAGUAAAGUGGCGUCCAGAGCGGCGCUAUCACCUUGCGACCUGCUCAAUGAUGGUGGAUCACAACAUCUACGUGUGGGACGUCCGUCGGCCAUUCAUUCCCUUCGCUACAUUUGAGGAGCACAAAGACGUUACCACAGGAAUCGUGUGGCGGCACCAGCAUGACCCCUACUUCCUGUUGUCAGGGUCAAAGGACAGCACACUGUACCAACACAUGUUUAAAGACGCCAGCAGGCCUGUCGAUCGCGCCAACCCUGAGGGGCUCUGUUUCGGGCUGUUUGGUGACCUGGCAUUUGCUGCUAAAGAGAGUCUAAUGACGGCUCCUGCAUCUGUAGGUGAUGUGGGACGUAAACCCUACCCGGGAGGCGAUCGUCGAUACCCCAUCUUCUUCUUUAAGAAACCGGAUGUGACGGAGCAGUUUGCGCAGGUGUCCAGCGCGCUCAAUGUGUUUGAGAGUGAAGCGGGCAGCAGUGUUGGCAUGGACUGGUUUAUUAAUACUGCGCAAAGUUACCUGCUGAGCGGAAAACCAUUCGCUGAACUCUGUGAGCACAACGCUCAAGUCGCUAAGAGACUCAAAAGACCUCAGGAAUCAACCACAUGGACUAUGCUGCGAAUCAUGUUUUCAGAGCCAGCUAAUCCGUCCUUGUCAACCAAUCACAAUCUGAAUAAAUCAGGGAAUCUCCCCCUCGUUAACAGCUUCAGUAUGAAGGAGAUGAGUGCUGCUCUCAAUGAGAGAAACAAAGAAAACCGACAAGAUAACUUACACAACCUGGAGACCAACCUCAACAACAAUGAUGAGAAUGAGGAGACAGAGGGCAGUGAAGGUCAGGCCGAGUAUCUGUUUGGAGAUGCUGAGCUGGAUGAUGAUGAUCUGUACAGUAUGGAACACGACAACCAGGCAGCAGAGGAGCCUGAGUAUCUGCUGCCUCAGGAAGCGUUCCCGCUUCGUCAUGAGAUCAUGGACCACCCCUCGGCCCCGGAGCCGGUGCAGGAGAAGCCGGAGUCUCCGCACGUGAGCGCAAGCGAGGCGGAGAGCAUGUGUUUGACCCCUAUGGAGUCGUUCAGUCUCAUCUCUGUCUCACAGCUUCUCUUCUCCCCGCACCUGCCCCCUCAGUUCUUCUGCCCCAUCGUCAAGGAGAUGCUGUGUUACUAUGCUGAGCAGGGCGACGUGCAGAUGGCUGUGUCUGUGCUCAUCGUGCUGGGCGACCGCAUCCGAAAGGAGAUCGACGAGCUCACACAGGAACAUUGGUAUAUGUCCUACAUUGACCUGCUGCAGCGGUUUGAGCUGUGGAACGUCAGUAAUGAGGUGAUCAAACUGAGCACGUGCGGCGCGAUUAUGUGUCUGAAUCAAACGUCCACCACCCUACACAUCAACUGCAGCAACUGCAAACGACCAAUGAGCAACAAGGGCUGGAUUUGCGACAGGUGCCAUCAGUGUGCGAGUGUUUGUGCGGUGUGUCAUCAUGUUGUGAAGGGGUUGUUUGUGUGGUGUCAGGGCUGCAGUCAUGGAGGACACCUGGAGCACAUGAUGGAGUGGCUGAAACAGUCGAAACACUGUCCAGCAGGCUGCGGACACCUUUGUGAAUACACCUGACACCCAAAUACACCUUCAAUGGACAUUCAAAGACGAACAAUCUAUCACGCUGCUACUUACAGAGGGAAAACAGUUUGAAAUAAUGUUCUGAUGAUAAUCAAACUCACAUAAGAUAAUCUACACACACACUUGAAUGUGUGCUAACAACAAUCAA